AUGGUAGUUCAUGACAACAAUAUCAUGUUCUCUUCGGACGAGAAGAUUGUGAGGACGAUGAUGAAGGACGCAGAAAAAGGAGAACUAGCACAUGUUGAUGUUGCAGCACAAGAAGCUCUUCCUUAUGACGGAAAACAAGAUGAAAGACGACAGGUGGAACAAGAAGCUCCUGGAGAGGAAGAAAAACAGCAGCAACAAGAUUAUAAGCAGGAUUCGCCUCCUGCGAACAAGGAAGUUCCACCUUUGAGUGAUGCUUUGCAGUUGAACACGGAUAAAACGAAAACCGUUUUGGUUCGCACUUCAGGCCAGGACUGGAUCACAACUUCCCUUUCAUAUGGUGUCUCGCGUCGUCUCAUCGAGCGUACUGGCGGCGACAUCGCCAGGGCGACCACGGUGGUGAAAUUCGAGCCUAAUCAGACCUUUCCGUCACACACGCACACUGGCGGAGAAGAAUUUAUUGUGUUGUCUGGUGCGUGGCGCGAUCGCUACGGGGUCUUUCCUAAGUAUUCGUACAUUCGGAACUACAUCGGCAGUGAGCACGCGCCUCUGAUUGGCGAAGAGGGGGUCGUGAUCUUAGUAAAGCUCUGCCAGAUGUGCGAGGACGAACAUUUGGAUGAGCCAGAGCCGGAGCAUAGAGCGUGGACGACAGAUCUACUGUCGCCAGAAAAUGUCAAGAAGAAUGGAAAGCCGCUUAGUUCUAAUGUUAACUGGGGGGUGGAGAACAUCAAGGAGCGCAGCAACGGCAAUGGCAAUAGAACAGAAGCUGAAAAAAUCGGAUCAGAAGAGGAAAUUACGGAACUACAACGUCUUCAAGACGAAGGAGGGCGUGAGCUGAUCGUUUUCAAAUCUACGAAUGAGACGGUGAAGGUGAUGGCUUUGCCAGCCAACAGAACUGUGGACAUUCCCAUCCCCAGAAACGAUGGUCGUGAGCUCUUCGUGAUUGAUGGAAGUAUGACUUCCCGUUUGGGCACACACGAUGAACAUUCCUGGGCAAGGAUCGUAGGGGUAGGGGUAGCAGGACAAGUAGGAGCAGGCUCAUCAUCUUCAGAGGCAUAUAAUGGCAGUGAAGAUACUGAAAACUUUUUUCGAGUUCAGAUUGGCCCAGAAGAAGUUUACCUGUACAGCAAAGAAGGCCACUUGUCGAGUCCCGAGAUCGAUCUCGAAAAAGCGAAACAACAAGAACUAGCACUCAUAGCGGCAGCAAAGGCAAAGCAAGAUGAAUGAAGCAAGCUAGAUCUUUUACUGCAGACAUAAUCUUAAUCUUCAAAAUCAAUCUCGAAUCUUGUAACUGUAAGGGUACGGCUCACAUCAGAUGCACAUGGAGUUUUAACAUCGUACUUAGUAUAAGGAGUCGUCUUCGUUUGUUGUUGUUGUAGCAUGUUAUAGAGAACAAGAGGCGGAGGCGGUCGAGACAGUGACAGGCCCCUUGUGUUGAUAGAAACGUGUUACUGUAUGUCACCCUUUUUACUACAGCAGCAGCUUGAAUGAAGAUUGAUAAGUAAGUACAUUAUUGUAUCUCGGAUGUAGAUGAAGUAAAUACAUGACUUAGUACUCGGAGCAACUUUCUUACAAGAGAGACAUGUGACUGAACGACAUCAUAACAUGAUGACCGUCUCUCCAAAAACCUUCCAUACUGUUUGAAGAUGUAACUGAGAAAAGCGAAAAACCACUGAAAAAUAGUGAGGACGAAAUGAACAUCAGUAGGCUUCAUUCUUCUAUCUUCUAUUGAAGCUGAAGGAGCAGAUGUUUACAGAAGAAUGCUAUUGAAGGAGUUGCUAGUCGUAUUAAACAUAACUUGAAAAUGCUUGCUAGUCGGUAAUGCGUAGGACUGUUGCAGCUUUGCAG